ACACACAUGCUAUAUUGUAGAAUGUGGAGUCUCUUUGGUUCUCUUUUCCUUUCUUCUUUUUUAGACGUGGAAUGAGUUGUAUCAGCUUACUUUAUGUUGCGGUUUCCACUUGAAUUAUGGAUCAUCCUCUUAAUCUUCCCAUUGUGCAGUGCCGACGGCGAGUAGGUACAGAAACCCGCAGUAGCAGUUUACAGUUCCAACACCCAGUCCAUUAAAACCCUCGAAUUGCCCAUCAAGUUUCUCAUCCCCAAUGGCCGGAGCUGAAGUGCCGCCGGUCUCGGCUCAGGUCGAAAUCCCGGUAGAAACCUGGCUAACUUCUCUGGACCGAAAACUGCAGGACUCACUCCCACCAUCCUCAAACUGGCGAAUCUGCAGAGUCCCCCGCAAGCUCCAGAGCGUGAAGAAAGACGCCUACAGCCCACAGGUCAUCUCAAUUGGGCCCUUCCACCACGCCGCCGACAACGUCAAGCCCAUGGCACACCACAAGCUCCACUACGCCACUUCCCUCCUCUCCCGCACCCCAGCCACCAAAUCCACAGCCACCCUCGCCGCCUGCGCCGAUUUCCUCCGCCGCUUCGACUCUACCAUCCGCGCCUACUACGCCGAGAAGAUCGAUCUCAACCAAACCCAGCUCGCCGAGGUCCUAAUCGUCGACUCCCUCUUCAUCAUCGAGCUCUUCGUCAGGUACUUCAAUGUCGAUCUCCGGCUUCAGCACGACCCGAUCUUCACGAGCUCCUGGAUGAUUCUGACCCUCCAGCGAGAUCUUCUGCUGCUUGAGAAUCAGAUCCCUUUCUUCGUCCUCGAGAUGCUGUUCAUGAUUACCGUCAAAAGAAGCGCAAUUGGGCCGUCCAUGCCUCCCCUGCCUGAACUCGCUCUGCUUUUCUUCAAAUCUGCUCUGAAUCUGGACGAAAAAUCGAGCCCAAUCGGCGGAAGCACUACUUGGAGCUGCCACCAUCUGCUCGAUCUAACUUACAAAUCUUACUUCUGCCCAUCUCCUAGGCUGAAUCUCAGAGAAGAAUCGAGUCGAGAUCUGGAACGAUUGGCAGCGCCCGAUUUGGUCAGAGGAAGAGGGGAAAGGGGGAAGAAGAAGAAGGAAAAGCCGUGGGUUCUAAUCCAAUCCGCCAAAGAACUCAAGACAGUCGGGAUAAAGUUCAGGAAAGUAACAGCCAAGCAUCUGUUCGAGAUGGAGUUCAAUGACGGGAAAUUCAGAAUCCCGCCAUUAACAGUUCACGACUCGACGGAUUCGUUGCUGAGAAAUCUCAUGGCCUACGAGCAGUUCUCCCACGCGAGCAGGCAGUUCGUGACGUCGUACGUAAUGCUGAUGGAUCGGCUGAUUGAUACGAAAGAGGAUGUUCAGAUACUGGAGAAGGCAGGGGUAAUCGAGAACGAAUUGGGGGAUUCGGGUUACGUGUCGAAUUUGUUCAAUGAGAUGUGCAAGCAGAUUGUGUUCAGGGAGUUCUACUACGAUGGGUUGUGCGAGCAGGUGAAUGGUUACAGCAAGGGAAGGUGGCAGAAGUCGAAAGCCCAUUUCAAGAGUGUGUAUCUGAAGAACAUUUGGACGAUCGUGUCGUUGUUCGUUGCGGCUUGGGUGCUUGCUGCUACUACCAUACAAACUGUCUACUCUAUUCUCGAUUACAAUAAACCGUGAUGCCACUUUGUUUGUUGGGUUGGGAGACUCCAUUUCUGGUGGCUUGAGAUAUUUCUGUGUGGAUUUUGAUAUCGUACUAUGUAAUGAUGCAGAUAAAAAUCAGCCCUUUCUAUAUAGUAUUGGUUCCUUAAUGUACAACUUGAAGUUGUACCAUAACAUUAAAAGUAUAAGUUUAGG